UCGUUUUCAUCACGUGGUUCAUAGUAAAAUCUGAUAAAACCACUGUGAUUAGUGAAGCUAUUAGUGUUUGUUUGGUUUCAAUUAAACUCUCUCAAAUAUGCAUCAAAAUGUCCGUUACAUUUCGUAAUACUUCUGAAGGUGUGCAAUAUUUGCUGAAUUACGCAGUCAAAACACCGGUAAUGGCCUUGUCCUUGAACAUUCUAUGACCUAUGAAAAAGAAAGAAGCCGGUUUAUAAAUAUCACGUUCUGGAUUAUUUAAAUUCAUAUAAUGAUUUUUGGUAUUAAAUCAAUGUAAACAAGAAAAGAGUGUGAUUGUUUAUUGUAGCAUGCAGACAUAUGAAGAUGUGCAAGAGGAAAUUAAUUACGAAGAGCCUGACUUUAAGUUAUUUUUACCACGGAAUUUAUCCUACGGAGAAGAGAGCGUACUUGACAAUUAUUCAGUGUCUGCCGAUUUCGUAACAAGGCGCAGUAGCACACCUGAGAGAUCGUCUACAUUUGCCACCAAGACCAAGAUCGUUUAUAAAAUUUUUAAGGACACAAUGUCAGGAUUUCGAGAUUGUGUGACAAUGAAUGGCGGAACAGAUUUCGACGAGGAAGCAGACGAUCCAUUACCAGGUAAACAUACAUUUUUUAAAGAAAAAGAAACUUCUAUUAAUUCUAAUGAUUCUGAUUUUUGUGAAGAAGGAGUAUUUGUUAAUUUGAAUGAUGACUUGGACGAAGAUUCAUUGAAUGGUAAAUCAAAUGACAGCGAUGAUUGUUACGACGAUUCGAUCAAUAGUCCGGUUGAUGAUGCUGACAACCUUGGCGAAGGGCAUCAGGAGGUUCAGGUGGGGAACUCUGAUUUAAAAACGAUGCAAUCUAGUCUUUUAUGUUCAAGAGCAAAACAAAUUGAUGGAAAAUGUAUACCUCACUUAAAAAUUGAAGACAAGCCUUUCAUACAAGAAAAAGUGUUGGAUUUCGGUUCACAAAAAUCUAUUACUGAAUUAUUGAAAGAAGAUGAACCGGUUGAAUACGAAGAGUCUGAAUUUAAUUUUUGCAAGUCAGAACUUAGGAAAUCUUCGUCUUUGAAAAGUCAGAAAACUCCGCCUGGCACACCAAGCAGAAAGAAAAUGGUACGAUUUGCAGAUGCUAUGGGAUUAGACCUGGAGGAUGUUAGACAUGUUCUCAACUUGGAGGCUCCCCCGAAAAUUCCAGCAUCAGCCAUGUCUGAUUUGAAAACUGGGCUUGAUGAAGACCGACAAAGUAUGGGAAGUAGAUAUUUAGGGGCUUGUUUUUCUCAACCUGGUGCACAAGACGACUUCUUUCAAUCUGUAAUGACAAACAAAGUUCGAUUAGAAAAUGCUGUGAUUACCCAAAUGACCAUUACAGGUGUUGUGCGGGUAGCUAACAUUGGAUUUCACAAAUCAGUGCGAAUCAGAUAUACCACAAAUAACUGGGGGACGUUUCAUGAUAUUUCAGCUUCCUACGUUCAAAAUUCGUGUGAUGGACCUACGGAUAGAUUUUCGUUCAGUAUAGUUGCACCAGAUUUUCUAGGUGUUCAUAAUAAGCUUGACUUCGCUAUAUCUUACACUACAAACGGUACAACGUACUGGGAUAGUAAUUCGGAUAAAAACUACAGCUUCGAAUGCUUUGCUAAAACUACACCAACAGAAAAUGAAGAUUCAUGGUUACAUUUUGUUUAGUUUUAAGGAUUUCCGUUGAUGUAAUAUAAAUGUAAGUGUAGAAAUCCUGUACAUGUUUGAAGCGUACACAUUUCCCGGAUUAUAUGU